UUUUAUUAUUUUUUUCAAUUCGAAUUUCAUAGGAGCGUUUUUUAAAGAUGAUUCGGUGAUUUAACUUCAUUAAAGCAAUUUACUACAAGGAGAAAUACGUUUCGACAUACAGGAUUUCUGAAUGAACGCUAGUAAAUUCGAUUGUCGUCAUACAGAUGUGGGUGGGGUUAGCGACGUAUCAGCCAAUAGGAUAUCGCUUGAUAACAAGAUUGGUUUAUAGUGUACGCGGUUAUCAAAGACCGUGAUUUACCGUAAGUGGAAAUAGUUUGAAACAUAUCAAUAUCUGAAAAUAUUAUAUUUUGCGUGACAUUUCGGAUUUGUAUAACACAAAUAUCUUUGAGAAUUGUACGGAUUAUACUUGUGUUUUACUUCUUAUAAAGUGACUAUACAUACGUAUUCUAAAAUGUGAAAUACUUGAGCAAAGAAAUUGUGUAUAAUGUGACGCUGAAAUUGAAAGUUGAAAUUAUAUGAAUGAGUGUAAUUAUUAUAAGCAAAUGUAAGGAUUAGAAAACAGCGUGAAUCAUGAAGCAUUGUUCAAGAACGUUAUUGUGCACCUUCUGCACAAUAUGUGUGUUUUCCAUCGUGAAGCCCGAAGUCAGUGAUGUGAUGGUUGACAAUGACCGUAUGCAUUUAGCUGUGAGGUCUAUGCUUGGAUUUGCGGGAGAGCCGAGAGGACCAAGGCCAGCGCUUAGUGCGGACAAUGCGCCAAAAUACAUGCUGGAUUUAUAUAACAUGAUCUCCGAGGGUCGCAUGUCCACAGAACAGUUACAAGGAAAUACUGUCCGAAGCAUCCAGUCUUCGAUAGAGACGGUCAACGGUCAGCCCAUGUUCGUUUUUAACUUGACGUCGCUUUCGUCGGCGGAAAAGCAAAACGUCAGUGCAGAAAUCCAUUUUUACAAACGCAGAAAAUCACGCUACAAUAAAAAGGCACAUUUGACAAUGUCGUUGCAUGAGAUAGCAACUGGACACACUAAAGAUAGUGGUGCAAUGUCAGUGUCCCUAGAAAGUUACGGCUGGCAGCGUGUCGAUGUUAGUGACAUUGUACAAAGCUGUGUAAGUGAAAAUACUUUACACCCUCAAUCAUUGGGGUUGAACUUCAAAAUGUCAAAGCCUCAUCAUAAUUCCAAUUUGUUGCAAUUAAAACGUUUCAUGCAUAAACAUUCAGUGCCAUAUUUAGUUGUUUACUCAAAUGACUCUAAGACUAUCGAUGAGGAUGAGUUAGAGGAUUUAUCUGAGAAGCAAAAAGGUAUCGAUCACUUGCACGAGGCAUAUUUGAAAACAGAAUCCCUUUUGCCUCCAAGAACUAGAAGAUCAAAACGUAGUCUUUUAGACAACAACGCUGACUACCCCAUUUAUCAGUCACGUGCUCGUUCACUUUCAAUAUUGACCAACGAAAUUCCAGAAGACCCUGAAGAUUAUAACAAACCGUAUCCAAUCCAUGCAAAGACUCUGCAGACGCAUCCGGGAAUGUUACAGACGAGGAAAGAAUCACGACAUAAAAUAUCUGAUCCUAGAUUAAUUCCCUUGCCCGGGGAGUAUGCCAGCAAAAAGAAACGAAGGCGUGACAGGAAGAGGAACAAACGAAAGAAAGACCAAAAGGAUCGGAUGAGCAACCGUUUGGAACUGCCAAAGGAGUGGGACGAUUUACGGGAACUGGCUGAGGACGAGAAAAAGGACGGAUCGUGUGGAAGGAAAAAGUUGGUCGUAGACUUCAGCGAUAUUGGCUGGGGAGAGUGGAUUAUCUCCCCGAAGUCAUUCAAGGCUCAUUACUGCGCUGGAUCAUGCACCUUUCCAUUGACAAAGAAAAUGAGACCCUCGAAUCAUGCAACCAUCCAGAGUCUUGUGAAUGCUGUUGGGAUUGAUCCUGAUGUCCCCGCACCCUGUUGUGUGCCUGACAAACUAUCGUCCAUCACGCUGCUCUAUUUCGAUGAAAAUGGAAACGUGGUCUUAAAGAACUACCCGAACAUGACCGUUCAAAAAUGCGCAUGUCGGUAAACAUAUUUAUAAAAAAGUAGUUCUACAAAGCAAAUAUAUCACCUCACCACCUGGAACCUGUGUCUACCACUGCGCACAUUUGAUGCAAUCUUCGAGUAAAAUUCCAGUCAUCAGUAACUAAAUCAACUUUAGUUAGUAGUGGACACCAAAACAGACUGCAUCUGGACAAAAUACAACAGACACACACACACACUUAUGGCAGCAAAUACGUUUUAGACAAAUCGGCCAAUGACAGAACGGCCCCAGGAGACUAAAACUCAGGGACAUUCUAAAUGACAGUGGACUUUGUUCCCACUUUAUGGUGGGGGUUGUGUCUCAUAGGGUUUGGCUGUAUAUAUCUUGUAUACUGCUCCCAUAGGUGGGAUUGAGCCGCUAAUUUGUGCGGUGUACCAUGUCUCACCAUAUUUAUGAACAAUAGCAAACCAUGCAAAAUAUGUAUGAUAACGUUUGCAUUUUGCCUUCACAUGACUAGUAAUGAAAGACUUAUUGACGAAGCAAUAGCUGAAAGAAAGAGUAGGGAAGUUUAUGAUCUUUGUUAUACAUAAAUUAUCAUUAUAAGUUUUCUUCUGAAUCGUAUCUUUGUGAUAUAUGUUGUAUACUUGUUGUGAAAUGUGUUGCAUAUUUAGUACGCAUUUCAAGAUGAUUCACUUUGUCAAAAUAUGUGUAAGAAUGUGAUGGUAGGGGCAGAAUGAGUAAAAUAGCACAGCGGUGAUAGAAGGUAUCAAUUUUGUAUCAGGCAUGCAGCUAUGUAAUGUGAAGAAAAUGGAUGAUUUUCCUAUGAUUAAUUAACAAUAACUACCUCAUUAGUAUAACGCGAACAUUUGAAUGUACAUAUAUAUCUUCUACAACAGUGUGACUCAGCAGUUUUUCAAGUACUCCAAAAUGACCUCUUCGAUGUUUUCUUACUUGAAAAUAAUUUAAAAAAGUAAUAAGUGGAUGUAUUGUAAUCAAACACAUUGAUCGUCAAAUGAAAUAUAAAGACGAUUUUUAGAUUUUCAUGAGCUCCGAUUUCUAUAAGUAGUUAUUAUAUUUUUUUUUUUUUAAAUAUGCCAGUGAUUUUCUGUGUCGUUAUAUGGAAUAUACCUUCUAUGAAAUUACAUAUUUUGUGAUUAAGUAUUUGUAAUUUUAUGUUAUUAAUAAAACAUGUCUAUACUUGAGA